AUGCAGCCCUCUGAGUUCGGAGCAGACGAGCCAGUGCCUCCCUCUAUGACAGAAAUUCUGCUCGAACCGCUGAACACACUUCAAGCACUUUCGCAGCAACUCUUCCAGUCGCUCGGCCCCGUGCAGGCACGGCCCCCUCCACCACCACCCAUUUCCGUGUUCGUAGCGGUUGACGACGCGCUCGCAUCUGCUGUGCAGCUCUCGCGCACACAUCAGGUGAAGCAGCGCAGGAUUGAGCAGCUGAAGCGCGAGGUGCUUGAGCUAGAGGGGCGCUGGCGCCAGAUCGUACAGGAGCUCGAGGACGGCCGCCGCGAGUUGGGUGUGAUAGUGCGCGACGGUGAGGAGCGCAUCAAGAGUAUCGAGGAGGCGAAAACAGCGUCCAUUCCCUACCCUGAGCUGCUGGCUUACGCACAGAGUCUUUCCGCGUUUACCUCUGCGCCACCGAACAUGCCAGAUCUCGCUCUGCCUGGGCAGCCACCUCCACCCCUUUUCUUCCCGCCAUUCCCGAAUGAAGAAAAGAUGCGUCGUGGCCAUAUGAACGACGAGGAGCCGCUCGGGAUUCUCGGGGAGACACACUCCGUGGGCAAGGCACCAACGGUGUCGCCGAAGUCUGUAGAACGGCAACCUCUCAUGGCUGGCCCAGCGGCAAAUCCGUACAGAGCCGAUCUGCGCGCUUCCCAGCAGCAACAGUUCUUCGACUUGGAUCUCGACCUUAAUCCUGAUCUAUAA